AUGUGUGUACUGUUCAUUUAUGGAAUGAUUUGGUUUUGUCUUAUUGUUGUUAGCGAUACGCCUAACGCUAUCACUAUAAGUACAUCGUACAGGAGGAACAGAAACAGCAGGCUGUUGGCAUUGAAAAUCCCGUCACGAAUCUUAAGGAUCAAUGGAGUGCGCGCUGUAAGAGAUUAUUUACUGUCUGACGAGGUGUUGGCAAACGUUUCCCGACAUAUUGGCACCAAGGAUCUUAUUUUAACAGCGGAAUUCCCACCAGACAAAUCAACUCUUGCCAACACGUUCAAAGCUGUCGUCGGUGCAUUAAACAAAUCAUCCGGAAACGAAAAAUCGUUUGAAUUCGUUCGCGAUUUUCUUUUCACACAACUGAAUCAGAAGGACAUCGAAAGUAUGUGGGACAUUGAACGACCAAUCGAAUUGUUGCAAUAGUAUUGUAGGGCGAACAAAUUCGCCGAACCGGAACCGCAAUUACUGAACGAUGCCGGUAAAAAUACAAUUCUCGCAGUGUACCAUGUCGGCAUCUACUGUGAUCGCAAAAUGUUAGCGGCUGGAUUUUGCUUUAACAGAUUCUACGACAUUGAGAAUCCACGGCCGUACAAUUUCAAAAUAACUUUGAAGGAAUUGGUGAAUCCUAAGAAGUGGAAACUAGACAAAAACGCCGGUUUGAUACUGAAAGAUACCACAACAUCAGGAUCGUAAAAUGUAACUGCACCACAACAGAAAGUCAUUCAGCCCAUCAAAGUUCCACUAGCAACAUCGAA